AUGUAUAAUAUUUAUGUCAGAUAUAAUGAUAAUUUUGGAUUGGAAGAUGCAGAACAUCUUUUCUUUUUAACGUUAAAAGAAGGAUUUGAAGGACAAAUGACUGAAAAUUCUAUUGAAAUUGGAAUUAUUGGUGGUGAUACAACAGGAUUUAUGGGAGGCAAGGAAGAACCAUUAUUUAGAAAAUUGUCUCCUUCAGAA